UCUUCUGUGCGCCUCGGUCCUACAUGUUUCUCAAUUCAGCGUUGUCCUCACCGUCUUCUCUCCCUGGCGCUGGCAUCAUUAUUGUGGGCACCCGACUGUCCGCAGUCUCUGGUCAUCCCCUGUACUAUGUCUGCAGUCUCUGAUCAUUCCCUGUACAAUGUCUGCAGUCUCUGAUCAUUCCCUGUACAAUGUCUGCAGUCUCUGAUCAUUCCCUGUACAAUGUCUGCAGUCUCUGAUCAUUCCCUGUACAAUGUCCGCAGUCUCUGGUAAUCUCCUGUACUAUGUCCGCAGUCUCUGGUCAUUUCCUGUACUGUGUCCGUAGUCUCUGGUCAUCUCCUGUAUUGUGUCGGCAGUCUCUGGUCAUCUCCUGUACUGUGUCGGCAGUCUCUGGUCAUCUCCUCUACUGUGUCGGCAGUCUCUGGUCAUCUCCUGUACUGUGUCGGCAGUCUCUGGUCAUCUCCUGUACUGUGUCGGCAGUCUCUGGUCAUCUCCUGUACUGUGUCGGCAGUCUCUGGACAUCUCCUGUACUGUGUUGGCAGUCUCUGGUCAUCUCCUGUACUGCGUACUCAAUCUCUGGUCAUCUCCUG